UUGUGUGCAUCUCGUUGUGAAGAACUGGAGUCUCGAGGGCGUUUAGCUGAAACAGAAGAUUAUUUUGGGUUAUUCGCUGGUUUUUUGGAUAGUGUUUCAUUACAUUUAAGGUCACUUUCCGCUGAUGAAUCCUGUUUCUUAGUUUGAAAUCUGCACUGACUUCGCUGGACUGACUUUAAAGCAUGCGUCGUGGAGACUGGUUGCCAUGGCCCGGCGAGGCUCAGAGGAGAGACGAGAGGAGGGCUGAAGCCAGGCUGGCCGAGGGUCUGCAGAGACUUGACCAGGCUAAACAUUACCACCUCAACACGCUGACCAGGGAACAGCGCAGACUUCACAGAGACCUCAUCUCCAUCAAAACAGGCAAUCCAUGGAAAAGAGGACUCCACAGUUUGGGGCUACGACCCGCCAAUAAUGAUGUCGGUCGACCCGCUGCAUCUUACAAGAGGACCUCGUUUCCCAUCAUCCCAGCGGCAGGAAAGGAGGCAGACAGUCACAGGUCCUCUUCACUGCAGGCUCGUGUUCAGGAGUUUAUGAGCAGUGGGGAGAAAAGGGCAGAGCACUCCUCUGAGACGCUCUGUCUGCCAGACCUAAAACGGCAGCCUGUCACCUCCCUCACCGCCACGAGCGCAAACACAGAAAGAGAGGAGAGCGAGGAGGGAGAUGUGGAUGGAGAACAGGACAGAGAUGGAGGGGCCCGCAUGGAGGUGCUGAACGACAGCCAGAGAGACAGGGAACGGAUGCUGUUAAGGGAGCGAGAGAAAGAUAAUGAAAGAAGAGCUGAGAUAAAUGGCAAUAGGUGUCCAUCCUCUCCUGUCUCCUUCCCCUCUGAGAUGCUGGCUCCCGAUGGACAUUUAAGAACAGUUCACACGUUACCGAACUUUGCCCAGGCGCUGGCCGAAGCCCGAAAAGCGAGAUACAUCAGACACAGAGGACAACCGCUGUGCGAGCGAGAGCUCACCAUACGAGAGAUAUUUGCCCGGGAUUCAAGAGCCCCUGCUCACUGAGAUACUAAAGGAGCGGCUCUUGACCGGUUUCGCUUCAGGUCCACUGUGAUAUGGAUACGCUACUGUAUUGAGAGUUGUAUUUCUGGAGAACUCGUACCAUGUUGUAAUUAGUCGAUGAUAACCUGUCCUAGAUUGUUCGCAUACUCCGACUUAAAGAUGUACUUACCCAAAAAAGUACAUGUGAUAUAAGGUAACUAUAUGGGUUAGGUUUAAGGGUACGUUACCUAGUUAUUACCUAUUUUUUGUGAUUACUAUAAUGAUUACAUAGUAUGUACAUGAGGAACAGGACUUUAAAAUAAAGCGCUACCAGUUCUGUCAUUAAUUAGUCACUUUCAUGCCAUGCCAAACCUGUAGGACCUUCGUUCACAUUUAGAAUAAAAUGUUAAUAUUUGUUACUAAAUUUGAGAGCUUUCCGACACCGCAUAGAAAGCAGUGCGACAUUGAUAAAAUAGUCCAUGUGACAUCGAUGUCUCAACCGCGAUUUUAUGAAGCUACUAGAAAUCUUUUUACGUGCAAAAAAAUAAUAACCUAAAAAAUAAUGACUCUAAUGAACAGUUUUUUCCCCUGUCAGUCUUUGACAUUCAUUUCUCCGAUGGCAAACUAUUUUAACAACGUAACUUUCUGGGCCUUGAGCGUGCUUCGGUUCAGAAAGCUCUCGGAUUUCAUUAAAAACAUCUUAACUUGUGUUCCAAAGAUGAGCGAAGGUCUUGGAACAGGGUCGGAACGACAUGAGGGUGAGUAAUUAAUGACGGUUUUUAUUGACGUUUUUUUGAGCGAAUUAUCCCUUUAAAGGCCAAACAAAAAGACGUCAGCUGUGAUGCAGAUAUUUACCUUAUGUGUCUUUGUCCAGUUAGUCCAUCUUUUACUUUAAUGUAAAAUAGCAUAAUUUUUUUCUUACUUUGAAAUACACUCUAGACAGCCUUAUCUGACCAACAAAAAUGUGACCCUGGAAGCCGCAAUCUUUAAAAUGAGACACAGCUACAAUUAUUAGAAAACUUAUCAGUAAGCAUGUACUGAGGUGUAUUAUAUUAUAUCCGCGGUAUGCAUAAACUGAAGUAUACUUAAUAUGCUUUUUUUGUGCAAGCUAUGUUCUUCUGUGCCAACAAAAUCAUGGAAACAUGUACUAGUUAUUAUGCAAAUACCUUAUUUACACAUUUAUCUUAUUUAGAAGAAUAUUAGCUAGCUUCAUUAAACUGUGUUAUGUCCUUACAGCAAAUAAUUACGCUAAUUUUAACCUAGUGUGAAUGCACGUUUUAUUAUUUGCAUUUACUAUCAGUUUUUCCCUGUGGUCUGUGAUCUAAUUAGAAAAGACCAGUGACCCAUUUUGGAGUCACGACCCAAAAGUUUCUAUGGCCCUACACCUAAAGCUACCCCUAUACAGAAAAAAAAUCAUUAUAUAUGAUUUAUAAGCUUUUGUACCUAUGGGGACCUCAGUGACACGAGUCCCCACCAAACCACACACACACACACACACACACACAGACACACACACAGACAGACACACACAGACACACAC